CCUCCCUCAUUCUGACUGACCUGCAUUAAAUAAUGAGUGGGGUUGUACAGUAGGCUACCACCUAGUGCCUGGGGAAGUAUGCCCUCCAUAGACGGAAUGCUUAUAAUACCACGAGGCUUUGUCUUUCAGGAAUUCUGAGUUUUAUGAGAACGCAUGCAGGACCUCUCUUCGGACACAUUGUAACGUUAACGUUUGAAUAAGACUUUUUUUUGUUGAAAAUGGAGGCCUUCGAGGGAGCUCACAGGGGCGAAAAUGUCUUAGAUUUGUCGCGCUUAAAUCUGAACAAUCUGAAUUUUGACAACCUCAGCGACAAAAGGAGAAAGGAGAUCAAACAACUGUAUAUAUGUUAUAACCGACUCACGGUGUUACCGGAUUCAAUAUGCUUGUUCGAGAACUUAGAAUUUCUGGACAUCAGCUGCAAUGCACUAACAGUUAUCUGUGAUAACAUUACUCGUUUGACCAAACUGAGGACAUUAAUUGCUAAGAACAAUCGUUUGGAUGAGUUUUCGCUACCGAAGGAAUUUGGAUCACUGCAGCUUGAAGUAUUGAACUUUAGUGGUAAUAGGUUUGUGGAAAUGCCUACCCAAUUUCUUCAGCUGCAGCGUCUUCAGUCUCUCUCGCUUGGGGGAAACAGGCUAAAAACCAUUCCAGCCGAGAUAGAAAACUUGACCAGUCUCGAGCUGCUGUAUCUCGGGGGCAACCUCAUCUCAUCCAUUCCUGUUGAGCUGGCCAACCUGCCUUACCUCAGCUACCUGGUGCUGUGUGACAACCGCAUCCAGAGUGUUCCACCCCAGCUCAACAGACUCCACUCUCUCCGUUCCCUGAGUCUCCAUAACAACCUCCUCACCUACCUGCCUCGCGAAAUCCUGAGCCUAGUGCAGCUCCACGAGCUGAGUCUCCGCGGCAACCCGCUCGUCGUGCGUUUCGUCAAAGACAUGACCUACGAUCCACCGUCGCUCCUAGAGCUGGCUGGCCGAGCGAUCAAGACCAGGAACCUCACCUACUCGCUGCAGGACCUCCCCACGAACCUGGUCAACUACCUGGACUUGGCCAGCAAGUGCCCCAACCCAAAGUGUGCAGGAGUGUAUUUUGAUUCGUGUGUGCGCCACAUCAAGUUUGUGGACUUCUGCGGGAAGUACCGUCUGCCUCUCAUGCACUACCUGUGCUCCCCCGAGUGCACCUCGCCCUGCAGCUCCAACCCGCAGAGCGACGCCGACUCGGAGGACGAGCACAGCGUCCCGGCCGACCGCCUUCAGAGGGUCCUGCUGGGAUAGCGCAGGAAUGGGGAGAAAGGGUGCAGGCUCUGCGCAACCAUGGCAACUAAUCCAGCCCCAUGCUGCUCUGUAUUUGGCUGACUUUAUUACUCUCUCUCUCUCUCUCUCUCUCUCUCUCUCUCUCUCUCUCUCUGUCAUGCUCUCUGUUCUCCAAAAAAAGACGGACUACUCCUCUUCCAAUCCCAGCCUUUGGCAAAGAAGCAAACUUAACACUUGUACAUCACUACUGAACUCCUUGAUCAGAGAGUCGGAGAGACUUGUAUUGGUGCUGCUGUGUGUGACUUGAAGUGUAGGCAGUUUGAACUCAGCUUUUUUUUCAGAGACCUUCCCUACAUUUAAGACUUCUCACUGGUCUCAUGGAAUUUCACUUUUGUCGACAAAAAGACUGGCGUUUCUGGACUGUUUUUUCAACUGUUUGUAUUCAGCUGUAACAAAAGUAAUUUAGGAACAUGUCCAUGCCUUAAAAGGAAGGCUGUUGAAAGCUCUAUCAAAAGGAGUCUUCAGAGUAUUAAGUGCCUGUGCCUGACUAUAAGCGUUUGAAAUGCACUUAAAUGGUCACUUCGACUAUGCAGCAAGAAGGCUCUUUCUGGCCGUCUGUAUAAACAGACAAGGCAGUGAUGAGCUGUGGAUGUGAUGGUUUACCCACACAAUCUACUUAACAUGCAGACAGUAUCUAAAACUAUCAGAAUAUCUGUUCUGUGGACUCUGGUUUGUCCUCAAAACCUGCUGUGUUCAGAAAAGAUAAUGUUUUGUUUGUGCAUUGAUUUAAAAGCUGAUCCAACUUGUGAAGCAGGUCAAUCCUAAAUAUCCAGAUGGUUUUUGACCCACGAGUUUUAACCUGACUUCUCAACUUUUUUUUUUUUUUUUUUCCGUUAGUGGCGCAAUGAUGUUGGCCCCUGACCAGAAGUCACCAUGUGAAGCUAAAGAGCUAAUUUUACACUUGCAUCGACCCACUCCCCCCUUAUUGUUGGCUUGCACCACUCCAAUAUUGUAAAAUCUUUUGGCUGCACGGUCAAGAUGAUGUUACAUCCUUGUGAACCUACUGCAUAUGAUCAAAGAGUGACCAGUCUAAUGCUUUAUAGUUUAAUUCACACUCGUGUACUUAACAUAUGCAAACCUAUUGUCAUUAACAAAAUAUAGGCACUGUAAUUAACUAAUCAUUAGGUUUGUUUCCCUCGUUGUUUUACACUGUUGCCAUCUAGUGGCCUGAGAGCAGCAAUUCACAUCACAUCAAAAUGCAAAUGAACAAAUUGAUUGGCUCUUGCAGACCCCUGCAGCAGUAGAAGGUCCUUGAUAAUUAUUUGGGAUUAUUGUGGUGAGAGUGCCCCACUGUGUGUAUAAAAUGUGUUUUUAAUAUAUAUGUAUCUAUGCAUUUUACCAAGCAAUGGACACAUCAAAGUGAACAAGGCUAGAAGCGAGCAUUAAACAUUUCAUCACAUGAAAUGUGCAUAUAUUGUUACAAUGGCAGACUCAUUUUGUUUUUGGUCUUUAGAAGUGCCUUAUGUAUGUUUCUAAAGUAUAUGACACCUAUGUUAUUUGUUCACAUUGCUUAAGCAAAUAUUCAACACUGCAAUUUGUUUUGUUUUUUCAAUGCAGCUACAGCAAAUUUGUUUUGCGCACAUAAUGACUUCAUGACCAACAUCUACAAACUGAUCGUAUAAAUACAUACAAAGAUAUUCUUUACUGUAGCCUAAAACAGUAAAUACUGAUCUCUUUACUAAAAUGUGAAAAAUAUAUUUUCUUUAUUUGUUCUUUUAUGUCAAGUCUUAACAAUGUAGAUUUGUAUUAACAACUAUGCAAAGACCUGACAUUGCAAAUAAGAAAAUUGCUUUUAUACUACCAUACAUGCACAGGAUGUUAGCAACUGAGCACAUUUAUUUAUAAUUAAAGAAAAAGGCAAGCUUUUAUACACUUAUCCCUGAGAAGGAACCCUUAGCAUUAUUUGAUGUGUGUUUGCACUUUUCCCCUCGGAUGUAGAUUGUGUGACACCCUUAAUAAAUUAAGAUUGUUGUUUGUUCUAA